AUGCCGCCGCCCACGGGGAGCCGGCGGCCGGGGUGCGACGGCGGCUCCAUGCUCAGGCUGCUCCUCGUCGCCUCCCUCUGCUGCGGCUGCUUCUUCCUCGUCGAGCUCUGGGACAAUGGCGCGCUCCGUUCAGAUUCCGGGAAGAUGGCAGGAGCAGCGACCCACCACGCCGAUCAUGAUCCGGUCAGUCCCAACACCGAUCUGCAGGAGAUCGGUCACUACGACAGCGGCGCCGGCGGCGGGCGUCGGCUGCUUUCCGGCGGCCCAGGGUCGCACCCGCCGCGGUGCACGUCCAAGUGCGGCAGCUGCAGCCCGUGCUCGCCCGUGCACGUGUCCGUGCCGCCGGGCGUGCUGGUCACCACGGAGUACUACCCGGUGGCGUGGCGCUGCAAGUGCCGCGACCGCCUCUACAUGCCCUGA